GUAACAUUUUCAUAUCCCUUAACUCUUAUAAGCAGCUUGGGGCUUUCCAAGGUUGUGCGUUUUCAUAAAAUGCGGGCCUCGGGCUGCUUCUUGUUACUUUCAUUAUUUCUCUUCUCAUCCUCAUUUUCUUAUGCACUUUCCAAUGUUGAAGCCGCUUUCAUUGCUCGUCGCCAAUUGUUACACCUUCGUGAGAACAAUGAUUUACCCGACAACUAUGCAGAUAACUACGUUACAGAUCUAACUUUCUCCAACUCAAGAGUCAAAAGUGCAUACAUUGCAUUUGAAGCAUGGAAAAAGGCAAUCUAUUCAGACCCAACAAACUUCACAGGAAAUUGGGUUGGCCCAGAUGUUUGCUCUUAUAAUGGAGUUUUCUGUGCUGAGGCUCUUGAUGAUUCUAAGAUUGAGGUUGUGGCUGGGAUUGAUCUUAACCAUGCAGACAUCGCAGGUUAUAUUCCUCCCGAGUUCGGUUUGUUAACUGACCUUGCUCUUUUGCAUAUAAACUCAAAUAGGUUUUGUGGUAUUCUCCCAAAAAGCUUUUCCAAGCUAAAGCUUUUGCACGAGCUAGAUAUUAGCAACAACCGUUUUGUUGGCAAAUUCCCUACACAUAUCCUUUCAAUCCCAGAUAUCAAAUACCUUGAUCUUAGGUACAAUGACUUCGAAGGGGAAUUGCCUUAUGAGCUUUUCAACAAAACACUUGAUGCUAUCUUUUUGAACAAUAAUCGAUUCACUUCCACAAUUCCCGAGAAUCUUGGCUCUUCUACAGCCUCUGUUGUGGUUUUGGCCCAUAACCAUCUUUCUGGGUGUGUUCCUUCAAGCAUUGGUGACAUGAAAAAGACAUUGAACGAGUUUGUUUUGAUCAACAACAAAAUUACCGGUUGCUUGCCCGAAGACAUUGGAAAGCUUCACGAAGUUUCUGUCUUUGACGUAAGCCAAAACCUUUUUGUUGGCGUGUUGCCUAGGACCUUGAAGGAACUCAAAAAGGUGGAACAAUUGUCCAUUGCACAUAACAAGCUCACAGGUUUUGUGCCACGUGGUGUUUGUAGCUUGCCUAGCUUGGUCAAUUUCACGUUCUCAGAUAACUAUUUCAAUGGUGAGGAAGAAGGUUGUGUGCCUCCUAGAAAGGAAAUAGAAUUGGAUGAUGAGAGCAACUGCAUACCAGACAGGCCAAAGCAGAAGAGUGCAAAUGCAUGCAAUGAUGUGAUAAGCAAGCCUGUAGAUUGUAGCAAGGCACAAUGUGGCAGUGGCAACCCAUCUCAUCAUUCCAAUCCUCCAACUGAGAAGUCAACACCAUCUCCAUCUACACCAAAAUCUAACCCUAUUCCCUCCAAUCCUCCUACUCACAAACAAACACCAUCUCCAUCUACACCAAAACCUACCCCUUCUCCCACUGAGAAGCCAUCACCGAAGCCACAACCUCAACCUACCCCUUCUCCCCCAACUCAUGAACAGCCAACACCAAAGCCCCAACCCCAACCUACCCCUUCUCCCUCUAACCCUUCACAUGAGAAGCAAACACCCCCAGAUGAUGAUCCUCAUAGGGAAUCACCUAAGCGAAGACAAAGGCCUCCACACUCUCCACCACCACCUGUCCACUCUCCACCGCCACCUGUCCAUUCUCCUCCUCCACCAGUUCACUCCCCACCGCCACCUGUCCAGUCUCCCCCUCCACCAGUCCACUCCCCACCACCCCGUAUCCACUCUCCCCCUCCACCAGUUCACUCCCCACCACCCCCUGUCCACUCUCCUCCACCUCCACCUGUUCACUCCCCACCACCACCAAUAGUACAUUCCCCUCCUCCACCGGUUUACCCUCCACCACCAGUUCACUCUCCUCCACCCCCAGUCCAUUCUCCACCACCACCCGUAUACUCUCCUCCACCACCCGUCCAUUCUCCACCACCACCUGUAUACUCUCCUCCACCACCAGUCCAUUCUCCACCGCCACCCGUAUUCUCUCCUCCACCACCAGUUUACUCUCCACCACCCCCACCAGUUUACUCCCCUCCACCACCGGUUCAUUCUCCACCACCAACAGUUCAUUCCCCUCCACCACCACCUGUCUACUCUCCACCGCCGCCGGUCCACUCUCCACCACCCCCAACAUCAUCGGUUUCAGCUCCUCCUCCAGAAGAAGACGUCAUUCUUCCCCCUCACUUUGGCUCUUCUUAUGCUUCGCCCCCUCCACCUGUCAUCAGCGGCUACUAA